AGUCUGGAGGUUGAUCGAUUUUGUAUUUCAUCUGAUGGAUAGUUCUGAUUUGUGAUUUUUUUUUUCAAUUUGGUUUUGAUAGAUCAUUAACGAUCGCGAGACUGUACGAUUAAAGGGAUUUUGUUUUGAUGGUCGUAUCAUCACCUACAGUGGUGAUUGGCGGUGAUGAUGGUGGCUUGCCGUGAGUGAUGAAGUUACGCCGGAGGAAGCGGUGGUCGUGGCUGGUAAUUGAAAUAAAUUUUGGGAACCUCAGUUGUUACAUGAACUCUCUCUUGUAUGCUCAAGUGAUCCAGGAUCAUAUGAUACCUUCGGAGCAGCUCCGCUGAGGAGGAUAAGUCAUCUAACUAUCUGAGCCUAGUCUUGAGUAUUGGUUCAAGUCCAUAUAUAGACCUAGCUGGAGAUCACUCUGAACGGAAUGCAGCUUUUUUCACUCUUUGAAGAUAUCCUUUGUCAAAUAUUCGACAUGAUUAAACCAGUGGCAAGACUUCUUUCAAAUCAUACCAUGAAGGAGCACUGCAUCUUUUUUCUUUCUUUAUGCUGGAUAUGUUUUCAAUAUACUCUUCAACCUGAACAAAUUCAUGGCGUCUCAAACUCAUGACCCUUUCCGCAUUCGACAGGUAAGUCUAGCUUUUCUAUAGAGUUUCCCUCCCUUUGGUUAUUCAAUACUUGGUUUAAUAGCUGUUGAAACUUAUUACUAGUGUAUAUUUAUUUGGUUGCAACAUGAGCUGAAUUCAUUUGACAACAGGAAGCAGUAUUUUGACAUGGGUCACUUGGUUAACGCAUUCAAAUAAGUUCCUUUUGAACCCUUUUUGUUGAAUUAGUUUUUGUUCCUUUCACCUUUAUCCCGUCGCUGCAAUUGUUCAUUAUUGUUUCUUUUUAACAGGUUCUCUAAAUACUUGAUUGAUCAAUACUUCUUUAUAAUGUGUGCCUUGGAGUUGCCGAAUUAAUAUCCUUUUGUAAUGUUACAUUUUCUGAGUAUACCUGAUUGAUCAAUUCUUCUUAAUUGGCUUUUGUUUUCUCAUUUUCUCACAACCAUUUUUAGUCGGUUGUGUAAGUGGUUUGGCUACUUCUUUCUUAAGGAUUAUGUCAUUGAUUUUGUUAGCAGGCUCUGUUUUUUUUCUCCCAAGUUUAGGAGGAUCAAGAAACAGCAGUUCGUCUAGCGAAAACAAUGAAAUAUUCGUUGAAGGGAAGACCAGUGCAGGCUCCUAUAUUUGAGGGUAAAGAACCUCCACAAUUUGUUGCAGUUUUUCAACAUAUGGUGGUCCUUAAGGGUGGUUUGAGUUCUGGUUACAAAAAUAGAAUGACAGAGUUCAUCAGACGGAAUCAGUUGCACUUAUUCAAGUAUCUGGAACUGGAGUUCACAAUAGUAAGGCACUACAAGUUGAAGCGUAUCUGAAAAAGAUGCCUGGAUGCCUGGAUCUUCUUUUUUCUUGCAAAAGAGGGAAUAUAGAGCUCAUCCUUUUGGUUUGCACCAGCAAGAAGCAAGCUGGUGUUGGUACAUUAACAUUGCUCAAAACUGGGGUUCCAGCAAUAGCCAACAGAUGAUCCUUUUGAAUAAUGUUUGUGGUUACAGAGCCGAGACAGUUCAAGGGGAGGUCUAGGUGCUGAAGCUUUAUGUCAUCAAAAUCACCCGCGCGAACACCAGAAUUAACAAGUUAGGCAUCACAAAGAGGGCUUACCUCGACGUUUGCUAUCCAAGAAGCCACCAUUGAAGACAUCAGACUUGCUUUUAAGGAGAAACGACUAACAUCAAAGCAGCUUGUUGAGUUGUAUCUCGAAGCAAUCUCCAAACUUAAUCCAAUACUCCACGCAGUCAUCGAGACGAAUCCUGAUGCGUUGAUUCUAAAUACUUAUUUCAAGAAUCCCCAAAUUGAGAACUCACUGAUAAUUUCUUCUCCGGUGAACUUCCGACAACGAUCCGUCGAUGUUCUCGAUCAGAUUUACCUCUCAAACAACUGGUUUUCUGGCGAGAUUCCACCUGCGAUCGGUAAUUUCCCCAAUUUACAGACUCUGUUCUUAGAUCGGAACCGAUUUCGCGGGAAUUUACCGAGGGAAAUCUUCGAAUUGAAGCAUUUAUCGAAGAUCAACACAAGUGCGAACAAUAUCACCGGUUCAAUCCCUACCAGAAUCGGAAACAUGACGAGUUUAACAACUCUCGAUCUCUCUUUCAAAGAUCUCUCCGGAAGAGUACCACUCGGUGGUCAAUUCAUGGUUUCACGAUUUGUGGGAAUAUCGGGGUUAAUGGGUCAACUAAUUGGGUUGGUUUCUGGGUAAAUCCGGUUUACUUUCGAUGUGAAGCGGUUAAUUGGGUUUUCGGCACAGUAAACCGAAGAUAAACCACGAAAUUUGAAAUUAUGGAGACUGAGGUCUCAAACUUUCAAUUUAGGGGGAAACUGGAGUUUAACUUUCGUUUUGUGUGGACCGGAGACGAGACCCGAAAUCUGUGUUGUUAUGGUACUAUAUGAAACUUCGUAGGGGGACACAGGUCGUUCACCCCAGCAUAUGAGUGAAAAGGUGUAUAUCCGUAAGUACAAACAAGGGUAAGAAUCAUAGUGUAAUUGUGAUUAUUACAAAGACGGGCCUUUUCAAAAAUCCUUUUCAACAUACUGUUUGAGUUCACUUCAAGUGCCUCAAUGCAUAGAUAAACUUGCCCAAGCUGGUCUCAAGAUAUGGGGUUUGACAGGAGAUAACUUGGAGACAGCGAUAAACAUAGGGUUUCUUGCCCUUGUAGUUGACUGUGCAUCAGUGAUCUGUUGUCGUGUCUCUCCCAAACAGAAAGCACUUGUAUGAAUAACUCCACAACUCUAAAAAUAUACUUUUAUAGGUAACACGGCUAGCCAAAGAAGGAACAGGAAAAACGACUUUGGCAAUCGGUGAUGGUGAAAAUGAUGUUGGAAUGAUUCAAGAAGCUGCUAUUGGUGUUGGCAUAAGUGGCGUUGAAGAUAUCUAACAAUUACAAAAUCAGAGAAUUGGAGUUUUGGCUUGUGUCUUGUUGUGAGUUUCAGAUCACUCACUUCACUUGGUCUCUUGGAUCAGGAUCGAAGAAAUACCGGUAUUGUAAGGGUUUUCGGUUUUCCAAGUGAACUGAUGAGUAAAGGAAAGCAUUUCAUAUUGAUACAAAAUCCUCUUAAAAAACUGGCUUGGGAGGAAUUAGUGUCGAUAUACAGUGAUCUCUGUCACAUGGGAACACCACCAUCAGUCAUCAAUGCGGAUGAGCUUCAGCGAGAUCCCGAGGUUUUGUUUAUGUAAUAGGUAAAUUUUAACUAAGAUGUCUUUUUCUAUUACAUGUUAUGCCAUCCAUAUAUACAUGCAGACUACACUACACGGUCUUUGUGAUGAUUUGAAACUCGUGAACUUUUUUCAUUCGCCAAGAAGGAGUACUAUGACAUGAGUCACUUGGUUAACUCAUUCAAAUAAGUUCCUUGAACCUUUCUUACUCAAUUAGUUUGUGUUCCUUUCACCUUUAUCACGUCUCUGAUGUUCACUAUUGUUUCUUUUACCAGGUUUUAUUAUUUUUUCAUCUCUCUAAAAAUGGUUCAGUUAAGGACUUAAACAUUUUGGAGAUGGAUGCAGUAGACAAGCUAAAUACUGACCAAUGUUCUCCAUGAUCAGUUGAUGGCUGGAGAGAUUGGAUUGGUGGUUCGUUUAUUGUUUCAGCAAAGCCGAGAGAGAAACAGAGUAAAGAUCAUAGAGUGCCAUGUGCCAAGCCAAAUUUGUUCCAACAAAGGUGGUGUUACUACAUCAAAACGGGCGUGUCAGCAACAUAAAGAAAGAAGCUAGUGCCUAAUAGUGUUAAUGAUCUUGCUUCAAAACAAGUCUUUUUAUGAGCAAGCACCUUGCCGGAUUUUGCUCUGCAUAUUCACCAUCUCUCUAGUGAAACUGGAGAUGUAUCAACGGGGGAUAAAGUGACCUGCAAGCUUAACUAUGAGAGACGUAAACUCAUCGCUAACAAUCAGACAUGCACACAUAUGUCGAAUUUUUCCCUGAAGAACAUAUCAAUUUGAUUUUCCCAUGGCAAGCUGGUUGAUCCUGAAUAUUAGAGAAAUAUCGAUUAGGACGAUCUGGAUGUGUUUUUCAAGAGUGAAGGGUCUAAGAGAAAGGCUUGCUGAAUCCAAACGCUAAGAGAAUCAUAAGGGGAAGUAAACUGUUAAAUUCAUUCUCUUAUUAGCCAUUAUUAGCUUGAUUUCUACUAAAUUAUACAUGUUUUCUGUUUAAUGCUUAUUACUUAUGUUUUUUUUGUAAUAGAUUAUUGAUAUUUGCAAAGAGGAAGAACCAAAGAAGUGAGUUCUAGCCUCUGUCCUGCAGGUGUCUGUGUGAUCAGUUGUAUAAUUCAGCGAGAUGAAGGAUGAACACCAGUGAGACACUAUUUCCGUCGGUCAAUGGAGAAACAUUAUAAUGGAGAAGAGCCGUUGCAGGGAUAGGUUGAAAGGAUGAGUUUAUGUUGCAGCAAAGUGUGUUUUUGUGAUUAUCCUUCUCACACCAGUUUUUCUUGUCUUCAUAACUAUGUCUUUGGAAUGGUAUGCUCAUUAUAUUCGUCUUUUCCGGGCAUAAAAACAAAAACAAACUUGUUCUCCGACUUAUGGAGCAGCUUGUUUACCGUUGAGUUGACGCUCAAGGCAAGUCCCAAGAGGAAGAGUGUCAUUAAUAAAAGGAUUAGAUCUUGUGAGCUCGUCUUUAGCUGUUGAAGAUGAUCAUGGUUAUAUUUGACCACAGUGAUCACACACUUCAAAUACGGCGUCAAUAAGAAAAAACCCAUGAGGAUGCAUUGACACUGUUCUGGUCUUAUUUCUUCUUGGAAGUUCCUAGAGGAUGACAGAAUGUAAAAACAUUGGCUAAGACAAGCACGAGACGAGAUCUGAAAAAGGAGGGGUUGAGAAGCAUAGUAAGAGAAAUCACAAAAACUAUGAAUAUGAUAGAGAUCUUGUAUUUGGCAAUAUGAUGAACAUUGCUAUUGUGGGAAUCAACAAUUAAAUGACUCCGUUUCAAGAAAGGUUCUUGACAAUUGACACAACAUGACUGUUUAAAACAGGUUAUCUAAGAUGUUGUCACGUCUACUUAAUCCGUUUUCAUUUCUAGCUUGUUUGUUUAUGUGGGGAUGAGGACCAAGCUCAGGAAAGAGUAAACAAGCUGGCCAAAAUUCUGUAAAGGGAUAAAGUUUAACAUAUUUGUAUAUGGAGAUGGAGUUUUCAAGUACUACAAUGUUAAUGACACUAGAAUAUCUUGAUAUUUGCAAAGUGAUCGUCUGAUACAAGGAUCUUCCUGGAGGUAUAAUCUCCUUGAGGGAUUUGGAGAUUGGUUUAGCUCAAGCAAAGGAUAAAGAGAAUGACUAAGUCAGAUAGUGUUUGACCUCCCUACAUUUGCUUUGGGUAAUAACGAAAAUGCUGUUAUAGGAUGUGAAAGACGAAUGCAGGGGACUAAAUUGGAUGCUUGUGUUACAUACUCGAGUUUAUCAUUUAAAUGGAGAAUUUUCUUUAUAGGUUGCUUUCACUAUGGAUGUCCUAUCGUUAGAGGAAACCGAUGAACCUGAUCUAAAAAAGUACAUUAGUGCCUGGAAAGUUGCAUCAGGUUACACAUUUUCAUUAGUACCCUCAUUUUUCUGGUGGCCAAGUCCUGGUACGAACGACAUUCUCAGGGAAAGAUAUGGGUGAUGUCAUUCUUGCAAUUCAUAUCUACAACAAGUAGACGAUGCAUGUUAAAUACUGCUAUAGCGGGUUCCAAAAAAGGGUGCUAUGAAGAUCUUCAGUAGCCUUUUACCUCUAAGAAUGGGUAGGGAGUGAAGUAUAUCUGGAGGAAAGCUUGCAUGGUCUGAUUUGGUGGCCCAUUUCUUAGUGAAAGUGUCAGAAAAAAGUGGUGUAAGCAUGUCGAGGAAACCUCAACUUGCAAAGUCCUAAAACCAUGCAUACUUCAAGUAAGUAGUUCUGCUUUAUAACAAUCUUCUUGGAGGAAACACUAUUACAUUUUCCAUGUCUUAUGUACUCUUCUUUUUGUCUCUUAAAACACUUAAAACAGUGAACACUCUAGAUGAAAAACUUGACAGUCUACACUAACAUUUGAUUUAUAUCUUGUUCACAACUCUACCUUGUGGUUUGUUUAUUAUGGUUGCAGCUUGAGGAAAAUAUCUACAGUAUUGCUUUAUAAGCGAUUGGUUUAAACUGAUGGAUGAUUGAUUAAUAGAACAUUAUGUUUUCCAAAGUGGUUCAGUUAUUGUUGGGGUUACACAGAAACGUGGACCACGCUGAAGUUAUAGUUGAAGGUUUCGGCGAUGAUAGGUUUACUUGGUGGCGAGGGGUGACGUUAUAUCAAAGUUAUACUAUUGAAAGCAGUUUUGUCACAACCAGCGAUAAGGAAAGAAAACUUGGCUGGUGAACUUAUAUCCAAGCUUGACCUUGUUUAUCUUUCUGUUGUAAGAAAGGAAGCUUCCAAAGAUAAUUGCCGGCUAUGAACAUAACUUAGAUGAGAUAAAUGCAAUUUUUGUUUUUAUAAUUAGAAAUUUUGACUUUGAAACAUAUCUUCCGGGUUGUUCAAGAUAGACGUAAUCACCUUGAUGCCCUAAACCCCCAUUUUUCAGUGGCAAGAGUACUUUGAAAGUUCUGGUGGCCCGACUCCCUAAUGAUCUCAGGAACAUGAUGGAGGAAAUGGUACAGAAGUUUUUGGAUUUCAUUUCGACAAAGAGUUUUAAAGACGCAGCGAUGAACCCGAUAUAAGACUACUCAAAGUUAGACACACCCUUGAAAUGGCCAGUGGAGUUCAACAGGCAAAAGAGGGAGAUGAUAGAGCUUUUGCAUAUGUAACGUCCCUAUGAAUAUGGCUCAUAGCAAGCAUCGACCGCCCUGACGCUAUUCUCCAGGAAGCUAAAAGAUCUCUUGAAGCGUAAACAACCCUCAUCAUAUCUGCCUACUUAAUAUGCAAAUGAGAGGAGAGCUGCUUUAUGAGAAGAUAACAAGAGCUUUUUGGAGGUUACGAAGAAUCGAAGAUAACCGCAGAGGAGUGGAAGAACUUUUGUGCGGAACAGCAGGCUCCCCAGAAAUAGAUGUCAAAGAAGAAGGAUAUAUAUACAUGAAAUGGAAGGAUAUAAAGGAUGAGGAUAGAGGAAGCCAUGAGCCAAACGAAAGCAAUUUCUCUGUAGAUCUGACGAAGACUUUGCUGAUUUUAUAACGAGAUUCUUCACUAAGGAGAGUAGGAGACUGAAAGGAAUAUGACUUUGUGAAGUCAAGUCUUUCAGCAGAAUUGGCUUCAAAGUUGUUUAUGAUAUCAAAAGAAAAAGGCCGAAGAAGUUGACACCAUAAUAGACGCAUUGCCUAAACUGGAGCAGUAAAUCGACUGUUUCUUUUUCAGCUGGCAUUUAUCGGAAAUCUGAUAUCAUGUAACAUUGUGAGAUCUCUCUCAUGGCAUUUCCUCAGAAAAAACGAACACCUUCUUUCUCUUCCUCUGUUCUUGACUCUGUUUACCGUUCUAUCGACGAAUCCGACGGUCUCCAAAGUGACCUAAGAGGAUCCAUCAACGAAAAUGUAUCUUCAUCAUCAUCUUCACCUUCACCAAACAAGAAAGACGACAAGCUUACAACUCUCCGGCGAGCAAUCAUUGACGAAGAACACUGGCUUUACGCCCGAAGCAGCACCACUACCACUAAUUCCUCGGAUUCCUCUGCUUUUUCCUCUUCCGAGGCAGAGUCAUAUCGAACAAAGAGAAGGUUGAGAAAGCUUGCGGAACAAGGUAAUAGAUCAGGUGAUGAGAGACAGAGAACAAAGAGAACGUCGGUACUAGAUAAUGAUAGAUUCAUCUCCAAGUCGGAUAAUGAUAAAAAGCUUAAAGCCAUGACGAUGAUCGAGGAGAUAAAGAGACCGAAGCAGCCAGUGUCUCCUGGAGCGCGUCUCACCAGCUUCCUCAACUCCAUCUUUCAAUCUAACGCCAAGAAAGUGAAGCUUUGUUCUGUCGGUAAGACCACAGACGUCAAGUCCUCUUCCUCAUCAAAGUCUUGCUUCAGUCGAACAAGAUAUAAAACCGACAACAACAACAACAACUGCCAGAAGUUGGAAAGAUCUAUCAGAUUCUAUCCCGUUAGAGUAACUAUCGAUGGAGACUACAGAGACUCUGUUCACAAAAGCAUUACUCGCGAGAGAAAACCAAUUCCAGAAUUUACUGCCAAGAAGAGUAUCAAAGAGGAGAUUAAAACCAAAGAUCAUCACACUGAGUUUACUUGCAUCACAAGAAAGAUCGGUUUGAAGGAUUUUGUGAGAAGUAACAAAUAUGAAGGUAAAGAAGAUGAGGAUGAUGUUUGGAGUUACUCGAGUUCUGAUCUGUUCGAGCUCGAUAGUUACCGGAUCGAUAUGGGGCGGUACUUAAAAGAACUUCCGGUCUAUGAAACUACUGAUUUCAAGAUAAAUCAAGCUAUCGCUAAAGGCUUGGUUUUGUAGUCUUUUUAUUACUUUUUUUUUCGUUAUCACUGAAACCAGUUUACUAAUUACCCCAAAAGAAGAGAUCAAUUUACUAAUUCUAUAUUUUGUUGCAUCAAUGUCACGUGCCCGGUUUUGCGAUUA